AAAAUUAAGCAUGAGGCUGACAUUGAGGUGGGAAUUAUUUUGACUUCUGAAGGAAAACUUUUAAGUGUAAGAAUCAACAUGUUGCAACAAAUUCUCCGGGAUAUGUACAUAGAUCCAGAUCUUUUGGCUGAACUAAAUGAUGAGCAGAAGCAGAUUCUUUUCUACAAGAUGAGGGAGGAACAGAUCAGGCGAUGGACAGAAUGGGAUACAAAUCUGGACAAAGAAGAGUCCAAGAUGAAAAUUAAAGCCAAGUUUAAGCACAAUAAUUCCAAGCACAUACAAUGGCAAUGUGGUUCAGAUGGAGAGGUGUGGGUGUGGAUUAUGGGAGAAGCCCUAAACGAUAAACCCUAUGAGCAGAUUUGUGAAGCACUCAUGGCAGAAAGAGCAAGACUGCAAGCUCAAAAGGAGGCAGAAGAACAAUGGAAGCAGAAAGAAGCAGAAAUUGAAAAGAAAUUUAGAGAUGCCAUGGCCAAAGAAAAAGCGCGAAUAGUAGCUGAAAAAUGGAAGGAGGAAAUAGAAGAUAGAAAAGCAGCAAAACUGAUGGAAAAGAAAUUUCAGGAAAAAUUAAAGAAAAGAGAAGAAGAAGAGAGACGGAAAGGGGAGGAAAAAAUCCGGCAGCGAGAAGAACUACGAGCGAAGGAGUUAUACCUUAGUCUAAAGAAGGCUCAACAGCAAUGCCAAAGGAAUGGAAAUGAGGAAGAGGAGUGGCAAGAACAACUGCGGAAAUCCAAAGCAGCAGAUGAAGAUCGUACGCACAAGGCAAGAUGGGCCCGAGCUGAAUAUCAUCGACAAUCCUUACGAGCCAUUCAGAAAGGAAAAGUGGCAGGGUUGAGCAAUCUGUUCCAAACUGUUAAUCUGAACAAUGGUCAAGAAUUCAGUCAGGAAAACAACAGCACACCUCAGCUCAUUAAACUCCAAGUACCAGUUGGCAAAAUGUGGGAGCGACCAGCUCGACCAAUAUCCAGAGAUGUCAUUGUACGAUGGUUCAAAGAAGAACAGCUUCCACGAAGAGCUGUAAUGGAAAAGACUACUGAAGUUGUUGCUCAGUGGUUCCAUGGAAUUAUAAGUCGAGAGGACGCAGAAGAAUUACUAAUGAAUAAACCAGAAGGGUCCUUUCUUGUCCGCAUUAGUGAGAUGAUCUGGGGCUAUGCCUUGUCUUACCGUCAACAAACUGGUUUCAAGCAUUUUCUGGUGGAUGCAUCAGGGGAUUACUACAGUUUUCUUGGCGUGGACCCCAACAGGCAUGCAACGCUCACAAACCUUAUUGACUUUCAUAAGGAAGAAGUCAUUACGAGUUCUGGUGGGGAACUUCUUGUGGAACCUUGUGGGCAGAUCAAGAAAACUCCUAACUAUAGCAUCCUAUUUGACUAAAAAUGUAAAUGGUUACAUUUUAACAAUUCUGUCAUUGUAUCAAAAUACAGGCUACAUGAGCUAAUGACAAAUGGCACUAAGAGGAAAUACAUUUUUCCACAGGUCUGCUAAUGACAGUGAAUAAUAUUCUGAACAUACAAAAAAUGCUUGCUGCAAAUCUCUGAAUGGAAUACAGAUACAAAGCUCUUUUUAAUUUGUUUAAUUAAGCUCUUUUAAUUUUAAUGCAGAUUAGUUUUUAGGUACAAAUCUUUAUAUUGUAAUCAAUUUAAUUCCCAAAAGAGCUAUUACAUUUCAGAAUGAAAGAGCAAAAAUCCCCGUUGGAGAAAUGUUUUAAAAAAUAUAAAUUUUUUUUUUUUUGCUAAAUAAAGAAUUGAUAAAAAAAUAUU